GUGGCUUGGUGAGCUGCUUUCUCAAGCUGAACAGAACCUACAGACUUGUGAUUCCUUCUCUGACAGGAAAAGAUUACCAUGGAGAAGUUGGCCGUCCUUCUGCUUCUGAGUGCUGCCAUUACACUGGGCGACGCAAACCUGACCCAGCUGCUUGGUUUAGAACCCUUACUGAAGACUGAGGUGGAACAGACUCCUCCUGUCAGGGCUCAGGUAGCAGCAGUACAGCAGGGGACAAAGGAAAUGUCAUGUCCCUCAGACUGGCACCCAUAUGGAUCACGCUGUUUCAGGUUUGUCAGCAUUCCGCAGUCAUGGUCAGAUUCUGAGCAAAACUGUUUGGCACUUGGUGGAAACCUAGCAUCCGUGAAUAACCUUUUAGAGUACCAGUUCAUGCAAGCACUAACAAAGAAUACCAAUGGCCACUUACCUGAUACCUGGAUUGGAGGUUUUGAUGCAGUCAAGGAGGGCUUAUGGAUGUGGUCAGAUGGGUCCAGAUUUGACUACACUAACUGGAACAUUGGUCAGCCCAAUAACGCUGGAGAAGGAGAGGACUGUCUGCAGAUGAACGCUGCAAGUGAGAAGCUCCGGUUCGACGUGCCCUGUGAGUGGAAGUUUACAUCUCUCUGUUCCAGAAGAAUUUAGGCUAGGAAAUGACCCAGCCACUUCAACUCUCACCUCCAGGGAUCAACAGUCUACUUCACCUCUCACCUCCAGGGGUCAACAGUCUACUUCACCUCUCACCUCCAGGGGUCAACAGUCUACACUUCAAUACUCAAACCAAGAUCUGUCACUCAUAGCAGCUCACCAUUACCUAAACUUGUGAUGAAACUGUGUGAUGAUGCUAAUCCUGCUUUUGAAAUUAAAGAUAAAUGACUGAA